GCCAUGUUGAGUGUGGCAGGGAGCCCAGCUUUGCCCCCGCGGGGUCCCGGGUAGGAAGGGGCGACCCAGGGUAGGGUCGGGAGGCCGCGGCGAGGCCGAGCCGUCACCGCCCACCCACCCGUGCCUCGCUGUGACGGGAGGGAGUCAGGGUGAGGGGCAUGACGUCAUCCCGUUAGCGGGCAACGGCUUCGCGCCGCUGGUGGGCGUCACUUCCGGCGUCGCGUGGCUGGAGGGACGUGGGGUGAAGCCGCGCUCCCGCCGCCGGGCCUGCGCGCUGCGGCCGCGUUCAGCCACCCCCGGGCGGGCUUUACGCUGCGCAGAAUGUGCCCGGUGCGGGAUUUAACGUAUUUCUCCGCGUUUUCCGCGGUAACUGGCCAGCAAGCGGCGUUCGUGGGGCUCUUGGCCUACGCCGACCUCCCAGUUGGGCCGUAGGGAACCGCAGAGACAUGGCGGGGAGCUCCCCCCCCAGGCCAUCGGCCCUGUCCAUCGCAGAACCAGCUCCUCAGCGGCGGGAGGCCUUUCCCGCAGGUUUAGACAUCUAACCCGAUUCACCCUUCCAUGCUGUGAUGGGACUGCCUCAUUGGAAUGAUUCAUCGAUUUUUACUUUGAAACGGAGACCAGAUUUUCACACCAGACUCUUAAGGAGACUCAACAAAAGACGCCUUCCUUACUUCUGAGAGUCUCAGGGUCAGCUAUCCCAUUGCAGUUUGGAGGGUGCCAGCUGCCCCAGCUCUCAAGGCCUUGCCAGUGUUGGCAGAGUGUGUACAAGCCCACCCCACCAAGCAGCCUGACUCAGCCUGGCCACCCUGUGCAGCAUGUCCCUCCGUGAGCACGCACUGUUCCUCUUCCGCAGCGCGGUGGGCACUGUCCAGCCAGCUCUGAUGCUGCAGAGAGCUGUGAAGCUCCAGGGAGAUGGGUGCCCUCAACUGCUGGUGAAAGGCCAGGCCUUUCCAGUGAAGAGGGACCUGUACCUGGUGGGUUUUGGCAAAGCUGUGCUGGGGAUGGCUGCAGCAGCAGAAGAGAUCCUGGGAGACCACCUUGUUCGGGGGAUCAUCAAUGUGCCGCUAGGCAUCCAGGAGAGCCUUCAGCGAGCAGGAAUGCGGGAGAUGCUGCUGAAGCCACACAGCAAAAUCCAGGUCAUCGAAGGUGCCAAGAACAACCUCCCGGACCCAGCGGCUCUGAAGGGAGCAGUUGCCAUCCAGGAGCUGGCUGAGGGUCUGACUGCAGAUGACCUGCUCCUUGUGCUCAUCUCCGGGGGUGGAUCUGCCCUACUGCCUGCUCCCAUCCCUCCCAUCCUCCUCGAAGAGAAGGAGAAACUCACAAAGAUGCUGGCUUCCCAAGGAGCUGACAUACGGGAGCUGAAUAUUGUCCGGAAGACUCUGUCCUUGCUGAAGGGUGGAGGGCUGGCCCGACUCGCACAUCCCGCACAGGUGGUGAGCCUCAUCCUUUCUGAUGUGAUCGGUGACCCCCUGGACAUUAUAGCAAGUGGGCCCACUGCUGCCAGCUCCCACAGCGUCCAGGAUUGCCUUCAGAUACUCACCAAAUACAAUCUGCUGCACAACCUGCCCAAGUCAGUGGAAACAGUCCUGUCCAGCUCUCCCACCAAGCCCACUGCUUCAGAAGACUACUCCCAUGUUUGCAACAUCAUCAUCGGGUCAAAUACACUGGCUUUAGAUGAGGCCAAACGCCAAGCCGAGGGCCUGGGCUACGCCACUCUGAUCCUGAGCACAGCAAUCUGCGGGGAAGUUGGCCGCAUGGCCAUGCUCUACUGCCAGCUGAUCCAGCUGGUCUGCCUGGGCUUUGCCAGCCUCGGAGAAGGGCCCCUGAGUGAUGCGGUGAGGGGGAAUCUCCUGCAGCUGGCGGCAGAGCUAGCCAUCCCGGGUUUGAACCUUGCUAAGUUUCUACAGACCCUGCGAGGAUUAGGGCCUGAAAGACCAGUCUGCAUCCUGGCCGGCGGAGAAACCACAGUUCAGCUUCAAGGAAGUGGCAAGGGAGGGAGGAACCAGGAGCUGGCCCUGCGCGUGGGGCUGGGGCUGCACAGGGCACAGGCUACGGAAGUCAGCCCCCCAGGGAGGUGUGAGAUUGUCUUCCUUAGCGCGGGAACAGACGGGCAGGAUGGCCCAACGGAGGCGGCAGGGGCCUUCUGCAGCCCACAGAUGGUGGCUGAGGCGCUGCGGGAGGGCCUUGAUGUGGAGGCCUUUCUCCGCAACAACGACUCCUAUACGUUCUUCAGCCAGUUCCAAGGUGGGCAUCACCUCCUGGUGACAGGCUUGACAGGCACCAAUGUCAUGGACAUCCAGGCCAUUUUAAUUAGAGCCAUGAAGAGAUCAUGAGAGCUCCCUCCAAAGAUAUCCAGAUACAUUUAAUUAGGAUCAGGGGUAAAUGAAGGCAGACAAAUGUAAACUGCUUAAAUUAGGGCUUACGGUUGAGGGUGCUAAUAUCUUUAACAGAAAGAAUCCACUAAUUAGACACAUGAGUGGAUGUUCACAGCAAAAGCAAGCACUUGUAAUUGGGAUCAGAGGAAGGUAAGAGGUCACAUUACAGACACAGAGGCCGGAUUUAACACUUCUGCUGAGAGCCACCACUCCUGUGACUGCUUCAACUAUAGUUAAAAGAUGUGGGGAGAUCAAGACCAUAGUAGGGCUGCCAGGGAGAGCCCUCACUGCAGCUGAUGCACCUCCACACCCCCAGCUCCAGAGCAGCUCAGCAGUGGGCUUUUGCAUGUUCACAGAAGUGCAUUACAGCAACUGAAGGAUGCAAAAUCAAUAGCAAGGCCUGCCCAGCUGGAGGCACGGAGGUGCAGGGGGACACAGUGGGAAAGGGGACACCCAGCACCCGCUCCACCUGCCACUGCAGUGCCCGGCAGCUCCUCCCACACCAGGUACCUGGGGCAACUCAGAGACCCCCAGCCCAGCAUGGUGCACACCCAGCAGCGCGGUUAAGGAGCACGUUGGCAGAGAGAAGCAUUUGAUAAUGGACAUGUGACACAAAAACAGUGCAGUGUCACAGAGGGUGGUACACCUUCACUGUGCAGCACAAGGAAGGAGACAACUGAGGUGCAGUGGUAAGCCAGCUGAGUGGAGUCCUCUUCUAGCCUCCUUCCCUCCACAGGGACAUCUUCCCCGCUGAUACCUGUUGGGAGAGCCUUUGUGCCAGCAGUGUGUAUGCCAUGAGCUUUCACAGUGUUGUUUUCCAACUGCCUAGAAAACAGUCGUGCAUCCAGCCUGAGCCACUGACCUUUCUUCUGCGCUGAGGCAGAAGUCGCUGUCACUCUGAUUAACUCUGCUAAUUCCACAGAACAAAAGGCAAGGAAACCUUCACGCUCAGCUCUCCUGACCCAUGCUGCUGAGCUGAUCAAAGGGCAAAGCUGCCAGAGCUGUGCUUUGACAGGGAGCUGCUCCCCUGUAUAUAUAAGGUGGUUAUCGUGGUUUUGUCACCUACUGCAGUGCAAUAUGUGGGACAGCAGCGAUGAGCCAUGUUUCCCAGGACAUGGAGGCCACAGUGGGGCUGGAUUUCAGAAGGGCUCUGCCUGUAGCAACAGGCACGAUGACGGUUUUGGCUGCAUAUUCAAAGGACUUCAGCUCAGCAGCCAGUAUGACCCAACAACAUCCGACUCCUUUUGAAUAUCUGCCUGUUUGUUACAGAGCCUAAGCGGGAACUGAGCUCCUUUGAAAAAUCCAGCUCUAAUUUAAUAGGACACGCUUGGCUCAGACUCUUUCCAGACAGACAGACCUACUCCGUGUGGCUGAUCUCAUCUCGUGACAUAAAUACACCGUCCUGCCAACACCGUGAGUCGUGGUGUCUCACUGAACAGUCGUUCUGCGGCCUGCUCCAAGAUGGAUCAGAGGGCGGAUUUUUGAGGAGGAUGCAACACCUCCUGCUUUCGUUUCAAAGCCAAUAUCUAACAAGUAGGGAUAUCAGCAGGACCAUCACGGGGCCUGGUAUCAAUGCCAGGCUGGCAGCUGGCCUGUCUGGGCCACAGCCCAGGCAUGGUGUCAAGGCACAAGCCUAGGGAUUUCAAAACCUCAGUCUUACCCCAGUGGUUUAAACUCAUCCAUGCAUCUCAUUUGUCCUCCGAGUCUGAAGGUCUUCUGUAACAUGCCUGAACUUGCUUACGCUGGCAAACAGCUUUGAGAUCUGCUGGGGAAAACCUGCCAAGCGUUAUAAAGUUUGCUGUGCCCCUGUAAUGUCAGGUGACAGUUGCACAGGAGAAGCUGCUUUGUGCUGUGCAGUUUUUUUCCGCAGGUUGCCAGCAGGUCACUGGCAGGUCACCUCCUCCAUGCCUGGCAUGCCAGCACCACAGGGGCUCUAACAUACACAGCGAUACAGCCAAAAAGUACGGGCUGCAGCCAGAAUAACUGGCUAAAGCUGGCUCCAAAGUGGUGUUAAUGCUUCCUGUCCAGUUCUGCUCCAGUGAAAUCCAGAGUGACUCCGGUUUCAGGCUCAGGUGCCUGGUAGAAGGGUCACUGCCAUCUUCAGCAGCAGGUCCGGCAUGCCAGCCUGGGCACACAGCUGCAGGUCCACUGUACCCCUAUGCUCUGCCUGCAGCCCUGCCACAUUGCUGAGCACUGCUAGUCCUUGGAGCUGCUGCCUGUGCUGUGUCACAGUCAAAUUCAGAAGACCUUGGUCUAGCGCUUGCUGCCUUCUCCUGGGAAAUGCCUACCACAUGUACCCUGAGCAGUGUCCUUGCUUUCUAAACAGUGGCUUUUCACUAGCAAUUAAAAAGAGUUUGUGUUGGGGAGGAGAGAA